AUGUCAUUAUCAGCGGAACGCAACGAGCAAUUCUCCGAGAAAGAGUACUGGGAGCAACGAUAUGCGGAUGAGAGCGAGCAAGAUUUCGACUGGUUCAAAAGUUAUGAUGAUCUUAAAGCGCUGUUUGAUGAGCUGAUACCCUCGCGCACCGCACGGAUCCUCAUGCUCGGCUGCGGCAACUCCACCCUCUCCCCCUCCAUGCAUACCGCUGGCUACACCAACAUCGUCAACAUCGACUACUCCCUCACCCUCAUCACCCGUCUCUCCACCCGCUAUCCCGAUCAAACCUACCUCGAAAUGGACAUAACCCAACUCACUACCCCCUCCAACCUACUCACUCUCGACGGUGAAGCUUCGUUCGACGUUGCGAUAGACAAAGGAACCAUGGACGCUCUCAUGGCGGAAGGAAAGGGAAGUUCCGUCUGGAACCCUAGCGAGAAGGUGGUAAAGGAUGUACGCGAUAUGCUCCAGGGUGUGGAUAAGGUGUUGAAGAAGGGUGCGAAGUUGAUCUAUAUCACGUUCGGACAGCCACAUUUUCGACAAAAGUGGUUGGAAGAGGUCGAUGGUUGGGAAGUGGAAACGAGGACGUUGGGUGAUAUGUUUCAUUACUUUGUGUAUAUUGUCACCAAGACAAAGUGA